AUGCCCAAGUACUACGAGGAUAAGGAGGAGGACGGGCGCGCCUGCAGCGGCGUGAGGGAGGACCUGCGGCAGUGCCUGCUGGAGAGCCCCUGCGUCCUGCAGGAAAACAAAAGCCCUAAACAGUGCUUGCGGGAAGGACACUGUAGGAGUUUGCAAGUGACAUUCUUUGCAUGCAAAAGAUCAAUGUUGGAUAACAGGGCAAGAUUCAGAGGAAGGAAGGGAUACUGAAGUCCUUAUCAAGAGACCUAGCCACUGGAAUUUGAGGUUCAUCCGCACUUUACACAAGACAGAGACUAAAGUAAGAAGAUGGUACCUGCUGCAUCCUUUCAUGCAGUGUUUGUGUGGAAGGUAUCUACCCAUGAGUAUUCCAACAGAUUGACCUGGAUGUGCAUUUAAAUGUUAAAAAGAAGGCAAGCAUAAAGCUGCAAGUUCUGGCCAAAAUGGGUACCUGUCAUGUACUUGCAAUAAAAAUGUGAAAUCCAGAACAA